GGUGUCCAGACAAACGAACAAAAGCGCAGUCGGCUCAGUGGAGGACAGAGAAUCAAGAUGCUCAAGUUCCUGUUCCUGGUUGCUUGCCUGGUGCCUCUGGCCCUGUGCUACCCCUACUACCCAUCGACAUGCUAUAGCAAGGUCCUUGUCAAGGCGCAGGAGGUCAACCACUUGGCUGCAUAUGUGAAGAGCGCCCCUGCAACUAGUGUUUGCACGGCUCACCUACCAGCUUUUCAUGUUGAUGUCCACAAUGGUUGUGUGGUGUACAAAAUGAGGCGCUACAUCUCCUUGGUGGACGGCCUCAGACUCAACCGCUGCGCCUACAGCGCAGAACUGAGAAGGCUUGGAUCCAAUCUGAAGCAGCUCCACCUCAUCAUGCGAGACAGAUGUCACGGGGACUUGGCCUACACAGGUUAUGACUGCGCCGCUUUGGAUCACUAACACUCUGGAUGCUGAAAAUGCAAGAUCAUGGCUGUCUCAAGUGAAAAGUUAAGAAGGAGUCAUCUCAGGCUUUGUAAAUCACCUUAUCCUUAAAGAAAGCAUUAGGCGAGCCAUGCUUUUGUAACAUCGUUUGACUUUCAAUGCCGGAGUUUCAAUUUAUAACCAACAGCUAAAAACACAGUAACAUGGCUUGACUAAUAAGUUUAAAAGCAUUUUUGCUCGUUUCCACCAAUAACAAAACUGAACUGAAUUUCUAUAAUUUAUGCCAGUUUUCUAUAAUAUAUUCUGUUAUCGUACUUUAUCUUUCAUUGAUCCUUUGAUGGUCGUUUGAUCAUUUAUCUGUUACUUUCUGUAUCUUUUACCUACAAUAAAAACAACCUGCAUAAA